AUAAAUUGAAAGAAAAAAAAAGUGUUGCAAAUUCAUUAAAGUAUCCGUACCAAACUGAACCAAACCAAUUAAAUUGGUUCGGUUUUAUUUUUAAAAAAUAUCAUAAACUUAACAAAAUCAAAUUAAAUUUUCCAAAAAUUAAUCCAAACAGGUCCAAUUAGACAUCCAUGUGAUUUUUGUCAUCUUUUAAUUUCCAUUUGAUUUGAUUUCAUAUUUUUGGGUGACCAAACAUAAAUCACGGUUGAGAGGAAUAUUUGGCGUAAGAUUCCCUCCUGGUUCCAGCGGUGCGAGUGUGAAGCAACUUUGGUUCCUCCUCCUCAGUAAAAUAUAAAAGAGAAAAUAUUACAGAUUUGGAGAGGUGAAGGAAGAAGACGCAGAAGGAGAGAUUAAUGUGAAUUGUAAGGGAAAGAUACAGGAAAGUGUUGUGGGAGGAUAGUUUUAAAUCGGGCAAAGCAAAAGCUCCUCCCUCCCUCCCUCACUUCCUUUAUUCUUUGCUUUCAGUCUUCUUUUUUCCAUUCUCUUUCUUUUCCCAGUCGACAGAGAGAGACAAUUGUGAUCUUUAUAUCUCUCUCUCUCUCGACUGUCUACUUCUCAGAUCUGGUAUCCGUCGAUAAAUAGAAGAUGGAGAGCGAAAAGAAAACUUCGCCAAUAUCUAACUUUGGAGCAUGGGGUAUGAACGUCGUAAGCUCCGUUGGAAUUAUCAUGGCUAAUAAGCAGCUCAUGUCCAACAACGGCUAUGCUUUCACCUUCGCAACUACGUUGACUGGGUUCCACUUUGCUGUAACUGCUCUGGUGGGUCUGGUGUCAAAUGCUACCGGUUAUUCUGCUUCAAAGCACGUACCUAUGUGGGAGCUUAUUUGGUUCUCAGCAGUUGCAAAUAUAUCUAUCACAGGGAUGAACUUCAGCCUCAUGCUCAAUUCUGUUGGAUUCUACCAAAUAUCAAAACUAAGCAUGAUUCCAGUGGUUUGUGUGAUGGAGUGGAUCCUUCACAGCAAACACUACUCAAGGGAAGUAAAAAUGUCAGUCAUGGUUGUGGUUAUUGGUGUUGGUGUUUGCACUGUAACUGAUGUAAAUGUUAACCUCAAGGGUUUCGUGUGUGCCAGUCUAGCAGUUGUAUCAUCAUCUUUACAGCAAAUUUCAAUUGGUUCUCUACAAAAGAAAUAUUCAAUUGGAUCUUUUGAACUGCUGAGUAAGACUGCUCCUAUUCAAGCUCUCUCUCUCAUUAUUCUUGGUCCAUUUGUUGAUUACUAUCUCAGUGGCAAGUUGAUAACCAACUUUAAGAUGUCUUCUGGUGCCAUUUUAUUCAUUCUUCUUUCAUGCACCCUAGCUGUGUUUUGCAAUGUAAGCCAGUACCUCUGCAUUGGGCGCUUCUCAGCAGUUUCCUUCCAGGUUUUAGGCCACAUGAAAACACUGUGUGUUCUGACUUUGGGGUGGCUGCUAUUUGAUUCAGAGCUCACUUUCAAGAACAUCAUGGGAAUGGUUCUUGCGGUUGUUGGCAUGGUUAUUUAUAGUUGGGCUGUGGAGCUUGAAAAGCACUCAAAUGCGAAGACUCUUCCCCAUGCGAAAAACAGCCUAACAGAAGAAGAAAUUAGGCUAUUGAAGGAAGGGGUAGAAAAUAAUCCGUUGAAGGAUAUUGAACUUGGUGAGGCUAAAGGUUAGGAUGCCUCUCAGUCACAGAUGGUAAAAAUUAAAAUUGAUCGAUAAGGAUUAGCCUCAAGUUUAAUGUGGAUUACUACUUCAAUUUAAUUUGUUCCUUUUCUAGUUUACUUGCUGCGAAACUCUCGGUGUCUAUCUGUUUACACGAUCUAAAAUCCAUUUUAUAUAAUGUUCCUUUAUUUUGAUUUUUUUUCUUCUUUUCUUUACUGUGUUGCUGAGGUUUGUUAUUUAUUUGGCUUGCCCGUAGAUGAUUGUAGAUGAACAAUAUGAGGGCGCUAUUGCUGUGUAAAAUGUGUAAGUUGAUGAAAGGCAAUAUAUUCACUCAAUUUUGUCCUUUUA